UUCAAUCUAAACUCAAAGUACAGUCUGCCUCUGAUUUCCAAAUUCCGAAUCAGAGCAAAAAACAAGACUGUACUGCUUUAGUAAAAUUGCAUGGAAAAGUGUAAAUUGCAGUGGAAUUUGCUCGAAGAAUUCAUUACUAUUAUUGACGAGCGCGUUUUAUUGUAAAUUCUUGAUGCUUUCACGCUUUUUUACAGUUUCUUAAUAAGUAUUACAGUUUAGUUUUGUGAAAUGUUUGUGAAUUCGUUCAGUGAUGGUGGUUUUGCUUGAACUAUUUGCUUGAAAAAUGUAUCAAGGAAUUUUGUAGCCGAGAAGCCUCAUCGUUUGUAGGAAAAUGGAAAAUAGCGCGGAUGGCCGGAUUAGUGGCGGGGAUCGGGGGAGUGAACAGAACCGGGAAGUGAAAUCGACAGCAAUCGUGAAGUACUCGGCGAUCCAGCCGGCCAAGUUCGCUCAACUACAGUGCAACACCGACCUGAACCUACCUCCAGCCAACUGGCUCAGUAGCAGUGCCGAGUCCUAUGGAUUCCAGCAUGUUCUCUCCAAUUCGGGAGCGUUCUCCAGUUUCCGCAUGGCGCACAUGUUCCCCGACUGUAUGGGACAAGUGGAUGUUGUGUCGGAUGCCGAAAACGUCAAAAAACUGUUGAAAAUACCCUACAGUCGUGGCUCCGUGAGCAUGAUGGUGCACCGUAUCGAAAACACGCUGCUCAUUGAUGAGUUCGAUAUUCACAAACAUCUCAUCCGACAAGCUGAGAGUGAUUGGGUGUGGUUGAGGAAAUUCUUUUUCGAACAUGUCUUACAAUCUUUGGGCGAUAAAGAUAAAGGAGUCACUCUACGAAACCACAGCCGAUGUGCUCUUCAACAGAAGUAUCUCACCUCCAAGUUCCUCCACCACAGUUUAGCUGAAACCAGUGAUAAGACCCAAGAGCGCCUUCAAAACCAGGACACUGUGAAUCGUCCAACUUGUUCUCGAAAUGAACCUCCACUACCCGAGCCUCCUUUGGAAGAAGAAGUACCAGAUCCAGCUACCAACAAGACGUUCGCACGAAACGUUGUGUGGACCUUCGAAGACAUCCAGAUGCUUCUUGGCACCGACAUGCCGAUCUUCGGUGGAUCGACUCAUCCCUGCAUCAGCCUACGUCUACGUGACAUGACCAAACCGAUCAGUGUCUUAACUGGUAUAGACUAUUGGUUGGACAACCUGAUGUGCAAUGUACCCGAGGUGAUGAUGUGUUAUCAUUUGGAUGGCAUUGUUCAACGAUACGAAUUAAUAAAGACUGAGGACCUACCUCAUUUGUCCGGUUCAAAGUUCUCUCCCAAGUUGAUUCGAGAUGUGGCUCAAAACAUUCUAUCGUUUCUAAAAGUGAACGCUACCAAAGCGGGGCAUACGUACUGGCUUUUCAAGAGUAGAGAUGAUGAUGUUGUGAAGCUGUAUGAUUUGACUUCUUUGUGCUCAGAGGGGUUGAUUGAUAAGGGUCAGAAUCCUUUCACAAUACCGGUCGCUAUGUUACUGUACAGAGUGGCACGCAAUAUGAAGCACAAUCUCCCCAACUCUCAGCCAGGCACUGUGAGGAUGUUGUUGAAAAAUUGUCUGUCGUUGCUUCCCAAAGAGAAGUAUCCUCAAAUUGUCACUUCUGCUCACUACAUGUUGUCCGAUUUGUAUGUGCCCGUGACUACAGAUCCGGCGAGUCCUGGGUUGAGUGACGAAAAUAAUGACGAUGAAGAGGAGCAAGAGAGGAGGAAGUUUGAGGAGGAGGAGUUUGAAAAUGAGGCAACGGUUUGUGCCACUACGAACUCGGUGGCGGUGCAGUCGUUGUGUGUGUCGAAUGCAGCAACCAAAGUGGUGGAUCCUCCCGCCCCUCCCAUGGUUGGCACAAUUGAAGACAGGUGUCAGAUGGCUCUGCAACAUGUUGCCGCCGGUCUAGAGUGUCUCAAGUACUUCGAAGAAUCGUCGCCAAAACGUGGCAAAACACAACCGAGUGGCGACAGAGUUGGCAACGAACGUCAGCAACAGAAGGCAACUGAAGAGGAGGUCAAGUAUGCGCAUCCUUUUCAAGCGAUUCCCAUGCCGUAUGCGCCGAUUUCUACUGAGAAGAAAAAGGGGAAAAAGCAAAGAAAGGGGGAGAUGUUGAAGAAGGAGGAUAAAAGUGAAGAGAAGGAGGAUAUCGAGGAAAUGUCGUUGAGAGCGUUAUUGUGUAGACCUCAUGCGGAAACUCUGCCUACCUGGCAACAACCUGAAGGAGUGGACAAUGCGUUCUGGAAUACACACCUCAAGACACUUCUCUAUGAAAAAGUGUUUUUGGUGUAUGUUACACUCGCCGAACAAGAAUACAACUGUGGUAACUAUGGGGUAGCUCUACGUUAUAUACACUGUGUACUGCGGUAUAUGAGUAAUUUUCUUGGGAAAAAUAGUGCCUUAACCAGCUAUCUACUAGGGAGAGCUGGUGAUUGCUGUUUGUUGCUGGCUAAAAAUUGGUCGGACAUUGAGAGACAUUUCACAGGGUACACAACGAAAAGUGACAUCGAUGUUGAAAUUGAGGAGGCCAUUUGUAAAAAAUGUUCUCCGACUAUCGAUGAUAAUGAAGAAUGUAAGCUGAUGCCGAAAGUAAUGGACAAUGUGGGUCAAAUGUUAGUUGUGGGAUGUCAGUUUUAUAGUAGGGCUCUAGCUUUGGCGCCUUGUGAUAAUCUGCGUAGACGUUUAGGCAACAUUCACAAUGAGAUCGGUUCCUACUACAUGAACCAAGCAGCUACAGUACAGAGCACACCACCCACGAACAACGAGGAGAGACUUAAGUAUGAUAACUUGUUCAAAGCGGCGAGGUCUCAUCUGGAGCAAGGUGUGGAGCAGUUUGAGAGUGUCUCGGACAACGCGAACCUGGCACUUCUGCACUCAAACACCGGUCGACUGAUGAGGCUGCUGGCUCACUACCAACAACAUUGCCACCAGUUCGACGGUGAGGAAGAUGAAGAUAAGAUCGCAGUUCGUGUGAGUAAAGGUGAGAAGUAUUACUACAACCGUGCGUUCAGUAGCUACCAGAAAGCGUUGGGAUUUUUGGGAGCGCGCAAAUCGAACCCACUCAUCUGGGACACGAUCAAUUGGGAGUUGUCCAGUGCGCUGUUCGCCUAUGCGACGAUGAUGCAAGACUAUCCGCCGCCCAUCACUAAUAGAACGAGAGAAGAGAUUGAGAGAGAGGUCGUGGAUCUGAUGCAAAAGGCGUUGAAGUAUUGUGAUGUGGAUACCGCGGGGCCUCGACAACCCAUGUACCAGUAUAGGGCGGGCAUGCUGCAUUAUAGACUGGCGUGUAUGUAUCAUAAAAUCUACAGGAAUCUAGUGGCUGAUGAAAACAGUUCUCGGCGUAAAAAUGUUUUGCAACUGUGUACACUCAAUUAUGAAAAAGCAGCUCGUAUUUUACUGGCUAUCGAGUAUCCUUCUGACUACCUCCGCGUGCAAUUGGAGCGUGUUGCUUUGUUAGAAUUUCAAUCGGAAAACAGCAAUGGUGCCCUCAUGAAGAUCAAACAUUACCAAAACGCGAUAGCCAUCUUGGUACAAUGUAUUGAAAUUUUGAACAUAAUGAAAACAUCUGCAAACACCCCAUCUACAAUAUCUGAGGAGUCGGAUGUGGAACAGCAGGAACGAACGACAGAAAAGAACCUCCUUGAUUUGAUGGAGAAUCGAUUGCAGUUUUUGUUGAGGUCUCUCGUCAAACUGUGCAUCACAAAUCCUCAGCUGAAGCUGUCUGAAUCGGAGACGGUUUAUAAGUCUAGUUACAAUACGCUCUUGAAACGUAAGGAUCAAGUCAGUUUGGUGGAGCAUUUGAUUAAUGUUUUGAAUAGUUUGAGUGCAUUAGUGGUUGGAAUGUAGUGAAUAGAAUUUCACAUUCUAUUUUAAAAAAAUGUAAAUGGGAAUAGUAGUGAAUUGAUGGGUAUUGAAAGCUGUUCAUUAUUUUGAACUUCAGCCCAAAUUCGGUAAACUUUGGUCUGUGUUAUGGAUUGCAACAACCAUUUUAUGAGUUUAUAUGUUGGUAAUAUUUCUUGCUUUUCUUACCGGUGAAGCUUAGUCAGGUUUGGGUUACAUUUUGUAAAUUUAUUAAGUUUUGUGGAUUCCAGUCUGGUGUUUUAUGAAUAUUUAAAGCUUAUUUUUCCAAGUUUUAGUCUACUGGAAUAACAAUGAUUGAUUUUCGAUUUAAAGCUCUAAAUGUUAUAAAGUUCCAUUCAAGUGGUUGGUAAUGUAUGAAUCUCUUAUUUACAACUUGAUACUCUGUAAUAAUAAGGAAUGUCAAUUGAUAUAUUUAUGGAAUACUAUUCAAGGAGUGAUAAGCAUAUGUUUAAUAUAAGGAGCAAAGGAAUGUUAGAUGUUUAACUGAAACUCAACAUGUAUAAUUACUGCAUUACAUUAUUUUAAUUGACAUUAAUUUACUAAUUAAAAAACAAUACAAACGUAUUAUUUUUUCUUCUAUUUAAUCACAGUUUAUUUUCAAAUUCAAGAGUUUUCAGUUAUAAAAUGUUGAAGCUCAAAUCAUUGAUGUAUUCAGUUAUGUAAACAGUUUAGAAAUAUUAUUUGUUAGUUGGUUAUUGAUUAAAAGGCAGCUAAUGUAGAGAUAAGCACUUAAGUUCCUCGCUAAUUCCUUACUUUUAAUCCUCUAAGUCAGUUAUAGUUGAAAAAUAGAGCUUUGAAUGAGUAAAUAAAACGUUGAGUAAAAUGUGAAGGAUCUGUUAAAUCAUAGUUUAUUAAUUUAUAAGGCUAACGUUAAACGAGAAUAAUCGCUUCAAAUCUUAGUAUAAGUUACAAACACUAUUACAUUUAUAUUCUCACUGUGAAUAAUGCUUACUGUAAUUCAACAUACUAAAUAGGCACUUGAACAAAGAACACCAUUAAUCAAAUAACUCUUGGAAUUGUACCAUGAUUGAAACAAGUAUUCUGGUUAGUUUAAUGGCUGAGUAGUAGGACUAGGCAUAGGGAGAUUUAUACAAUAAUAAUUUUCCAUACACACUCACUUUGAAUAGUCAUAAAGUUUAGUGUAUAUGAAUUUCGAAGAUUCUAUGUACAGAGUAUUACAAUUGUAUAUACUUGUGUAUUACAAAUUAAAAUAUAAAUCUGUGUACCCUUUUAAAUUAUUUUGUCACGACAUGUUUCGGCUACUAAUGCCAUUUUCAAGUUAAAUAGCAUUAGACUUGAAAAUGGUAUUA